AUGGAUCCAAGUGGCCCUCUCUGUGACCUUUACAGCCGUGUGGGUUGUGAGGAGAACCUGGAAUGGACCCAUCCUGCGACUCCUUCUCAGGUAUCUGACAACAAUAUAGUCUCCUGGGUGGGUGUCAUACACAAACUGGCUGCCCAGGGGAAGUUUGUGACCACAGAACACGAGCCCUGUUUUGAUGCUGCUGAUUUUAUUCGAGCUGGGAGGGACCUGUUUGUCCAGAGGAGCCAGGUUACAAAUUACAUGGGAAUUGAGUGGAUGCGUCGUCAUCUGGCCCCAGACUACAAGAUCCAUAUAAUCUCAUUCAAAGACCCUAACCCCAUGCAUAUUGAUGCUACUUUCAAUAUUAUUGGGCCAGGACUGGUGCUGUCAAACCCCGAUCGGCCAUGUCGCCAGAUUGACAUGUUUAAGAAGGCUGGUUGGACUGUUGUGAAACCUCCAAUGCCUCUGAUGCCUGAUGACCACCCACUGUGGAUGUCCUCCAAAUGGCUGUCCAUGAAUGUCUUGAUGCUGGAUGAGAAGCGUGUCAUGGUUGAGGCCAAUGAAACCACCAUUCAAAAAAUGUUUGAGAGCCUCGGUAUUAUGCCCAUAAAGGUGAACAUUCGCCAUGCCAACUCCCUGGGUGGUGGCUUCCACUGCUGGACGACCGAUGUCCGCCGCCGUGGUACCCUGCAGUCCUACUUCGACUAGCCUUGCCAGAAAUAGGCAGUUUUUAUUGAGCUUUAAAGAUUAAAGCCUUAUUCUGGAAUCUUAAUUCCACUGUAGCUCUAAAAUGUGUUGUCACAACAAAAUGCCUCAGUUUCUAAAAUUCAAACCCUAUCUUAAAAGGAAUGUACCCCUAAAGGUUUUGCGUUUGGGUGUCGCCUACUGAAACGCAAAGUUGAACCAUCCGUUAUCUAUACCACUUAUCCUGAAGAGGGUCACAGGGGUCUGGAGCCAGCUGUC